CUUUGCAGUGCUCGGUCCUCGGGUUCCGUCCCUUUGCUUUGUGUGCUCUGCUAUGUGCUGCUCUCUCGCCCUCAUCUACCGACCAGACUUGACACCCUGUACUACGUCGAGGGGCCAGCUAGCCAGAGCGCGACCAUGGAAGCGAACAAAGAGGUGUUGUCGUCGGCAACCAGGAAGUGUUUCCCUUAGUGACCGUCGGGCCAUGGAGCUGAGAUAACUCCGCCCCCUCUGCUGUGGUAACCAUGGGAACGUCCCGAUGCUUCCGUCUGGCGUUCCUGCUGGGGUCUGUGUUAAUGGUCCUGCUCAUCAUCCUCUAUUGGGACGACGUAGGAGCGCUCAAUCUCUACCCCCACGACCCUCAUGACCUUUACCCCCAUGACCCUCACCCCACCUCACCCAGCUCCUCCACGCCCACCAAACCCCCACCCAGGGACACAGAGGAGCAAGCGACCCACAAACCCCCCAGAACCACAGAGCCUGACCGGCCUGGAGAGGGUGUUCCACCCCCAGGGGAGGAACACCCCCUCCCCCAAGUAACAGACUCCUCAGAGCUGGAGGAGAGGUGGAGAGGAGAGGAAGGGAAGCGAGAAGAGGAGAGAGUGAGGCAGGCGGAGGCGAAAAGAGAGGAGGAGGGGAGGAGACAAGAGGAGAGGAGAAGGAGGAUCGGUGAUAUGUGUUCCGGGAACGGAACAUUAGAAUUCCCAGGAAAAUUCCGGACAUUUGACCAGAUUCCCAACCGGGAGUUAAACCACCUGAUAGUAGAUGACAGACAUGAGAUCAUCUACUGCUACGUUCCCAAGGUAGCAUGUACCAACUGGAAGCGUGUAAUGGUGGUUCUCUCUGAGGGUCUGCUGGCUCCGGAUGGACAACCUUACCGCGACCCCCAGGCCCUGCCCCCUGACCUCAUACACAACUCCUCCCUGCACCUCACCUUCUCCAAGUUCUGGCAUAGGUAUGGCCGUCUCUCCCGUCACCUGAUGAGGGUGAAACUCCAGAGUUACACCAAGUUCCUGUUUGUCCGCGACCCCUUCGUCCGUCUCAUCUCCGCCUUCCGGAACAAGUUCCAACAGCCUAACGAAGACUUCUACCGCCAGUUUGGCUCCGUCAUGCUACGUCGUUAUGGAAACGGGACCUCCAGGGUUCCGGAGUCAGCGGCGGAGGCGUUCAAAGCGGGGAUCCAGCCGUCGUUCUCGGAGUUCGUCCGGUAUCUCCUCGACCCCCAGACGGAGCAGGAGCAGCCAUUCAACGAACACUGGCGUCAGGUGUACCGGCUCUGUCACCCCUGUCAGAUCCACUAUGAUUUCAUCGGCACGCUGGAAAACCUGGAGGACGACUCGGAUCAGCUGCUCCGGAUCCUGGGCCUGGAAGACCAGAUAAAGUUCCCGCCGAGCAACCGGAACCGCACGGCAACCAGCUGGGAACGGGAUUGGUUCGCUGAGGUUCCGGCCGAUUUGAGGAGGAAGCUGUACAGUUUGUAUGAGCCAGACUUUGAGCUGUUUGGGUAUCCUAAACCAGAGAGUCUGCUCCAUCACUGACAGGCUGUUGGGUGUCCUAAACCAGAGAGUCUGCUCCAUCACUGACAGGCUGUUGGGUGUCCUAAACCAGAGAGUCUGCUCCAUCACUGACAGGCUGUUUGGGUGUCCUAAACCAGAGAGUCUGCUCCAUCACUGACAGGCUGUUUGGGUAUCCUAAACCAGAGAGUCUGCUCCAUCACUGACAGGCUGUUGGGUAUCCUAAACCAGAGAGUCUGCUCCAUCACUGACAGGCUGUUUGGGUAUCCUAAACCAGAGAGUCUGCUCCAUCACUGACAGGCUGUUUGGGUGUCCUAAACCAGAGAGUCUGCUCCAUCACUGACAAGCUGUUUGGGUGUCCUAAACCAGAGAGUCUGCUCCAUCACUGACAGGCUGUUGGGUGUCCUAAACCAGAGAGUCUGCUCCAUCACUGACAGGCUGUUUGGGUGUCCUAAACCAGAGAGUCUGCUCCAUCACUGACAGGCUGUUUGGGUGUCCUAAACCAGAGAGUCUGCUCCAUCACUUGAUGCCUUACACAUGUGCCUGAGAGCCGUGGAUUCGAACCCUGUAUACAUGCAAGCCUGCCACAGGGCUGUGCUGUUAGCCCACUGAGCUAAAGCCUAGGCAUUAACUUGGGGAGCUAACACAACCCUCUAGCUCUCCACGAUCAGGAGAGAAGAACCAUUUAAGCGUUUUUUUAUCUAAAGGGAAUUGUGCUGUAAAAACUGUUUUUCAAUAAAUUUUUUUGGGGGGAAAUAAAUUGCUAUGUCAUU